AUGUUGCUGUUGUUGCUGUUGCUGCUGCUGCUCUCUCAGAUGGUGCACAAAGGACACUCUGUGAAGUGCGCUGGAAACAAUCCCAUUCAUGUCCCAUCGGAGUGGUACCAACCUGGCGAAAUCAUCAUCGGUGGGAUUGCCUCUCACACAGUUUACAUCUUGCCCAAUGUGUCCUUCAAGGAACACCCUUCUAAAGACUGGGUUAAAUUUCCAUUAGUGGUGACAAAGUUCUACCAGCACAUCCUGGCCAUGGUUUUUGCUGUAGAAGAGAUCAAUGAAAAUCCCAGCAUCUUGCUUAAUGUCACUCUUGGAUUCCACAUCUAUGACAGCAAUUCCAUUGCAAUGAUGACCUACCGGGCCACGUUGGACCUGCUCUGCAACUCACUCCAGUUCUUCCCGAACUAUAACUGUGGCAUCCAGAAAAAGCUUGUGGCUGUCAUCGGAGGACUUAGCUCUGCUACAACCGCACACAUGGCAAAGGUCUUGAGCCUUUACAAGAUCCCCCAGAGGAUCGCAUUCAACAACAGUGCUGGAGAUGAAAUCAGAUUUAAUGAACGUGGAGAAUUAGAAGCUGGUUUUGAUGUUACCAACUUGAUCACUUUCCCAAAUCAAUCCUAUGUCAGGAUCAAAGUAGGAAGUCUGGAUCCUCAGGAUCCUCCAAAGAAAGUGUUCACCAUUGAUGAGGAAAAAAUCCAGUGGCAUGAAGAAUUCACCAAAGUGCCCCCUGUCUCGGUGUGCAAUGACUGCUGCCAGCCUGGUUAUCAGAAGAUCACAAAGGAGGGUGCCCCAUCUUGCUGCUACACCUGUUCUCCAUGCCAAGAAGGGAAGAUUUCAGCUCUGGAGGGUAGCACCGGUUUGCGUGAGAUCUCACCCCAAAUGGAUGCAAUCUUGUCCAAAAUCGACACCAAUGGUGGUGGCGCUUUUCCGCUGUUAGCAAAGGCAACUUUUCAACUCCUCCUUUUCUCAGACACGGACUCUUGUUACCAGUGCUCUGAUGAUCAGCAUCCAAACGAGGCUCAAAAUCGAUGCAUCCCUAAGAUUGUAAGUUUCCUUUCUUACGAAGAACCUUUGGGGAUCAGCGUGGCUUUGUUUGCCAUCUCUUUUUCCCUGGUAACUUCCUUAGUGUUGGGAACUUUUAUUAAACACCGGGACACGCCCAUUGUCAAAGCCAAUAACCGGAGCCUCAGCUACACUCUCCUCAUCUCCCUCCUGCUCUGUUUCCUCUGUCCGCUGCUGUUCAUUGGCCAACCUGGGAAAGUGAUUUGCAUGCUCAGGCAAACAUCAUUCAGCAUCACCUUCUCUGUUGCUGUUUCGUCUGUCUUGGCCAAAACCAUGACAGUGCUUCUGGCCUUCUUGGCCACUAAACCAGGUUCCAGGAUGAGCAAAUGGGUGGGGAAAAGGCUAGCAACUUCCAUUGUUCUUUGUUGCUCCUUUGUUCAAGUUGGCAUUUCGACAGCAUGGCUGGGAUCAGCUCCCCCCUUCCCAGAUUUUGACAUGCACUCAUUGGCAGAUGAGGUCAUAGUGGAAUGUAAUGAAGGCUAUGCCACCUUCUUCUACUGUCUACUGGCUUUUAUGGGUUUGCUAGCUGUCAUCAGCUUCACUUUGGCUUUCCUAGCCAGGAAGCUUCCAGAUGCUUUCAACGAAGCCAAGUUUAUCACCUUCAGCAUGUUGGUGUUCUGCAGUGUUUGGGUAUCCUUUGUUCCAACCUACCUGAGCACUAAGGGGAAAUACAUGGUGGCAGUAGAGAUCUUCUCCAUUUUGGCCUCUGGGGCUGGAUUGCUGAGCUGUAUCUUUUUCCCCAAAUGCUUUGUCAUUAUGAUGAGGCCUGAGCUGAACAACAAAGAACAGAUAAUAAAGAGAAAUAAAUAAAUGACCUGAAGUGCCACCUGUCUCUUGUCAUGUCCUCACACAGAAAGAAGCAUGAUGAAAAAACACUGCAGUUAGGCACAGCACCAAG